AUUCCAAGUGAAAAUGUAUGGUAACCGCCCGGUUUCUCAUGCUUUAUGCGUGGACAAAUCGGCUUUGUAGCCAUCGAUGGCUUCGAUGAGCUGGCCAAUGAUGUGUUCACCGAAUCGAAGGAGAAAAACGGGGAAAACAUUUCCUCUCUUGAUCAACCUGGUCUCCUGAUAGAGACAUAUAUGCCAAGUAGCCGUCCAACUUCAAAGGCGUUGGACAGACUGGAGAUGCAGAACCAGAAGUUCCUUGGGGCUCAAGGGGAAAUUGAUGCCUCCUUGUGCAGAGCGUGCGUGAUGUUCUGUCGGAGGAUCGGGCCGCGACCCAAAGUUUCAUGCGUAAUUUUUUUAAAUACAUAACUUCAAUAAGAUUUUUGUACCACAGUAAAAUAUUUAUUUAUUUAAAACUGAUUCUCAAUGGAAAUCUAUCUAUGGCUUGGUUACAAUGCCAGUGUCGUGGAACGGAUUAACGUAUCGCUCAAUCCUAUAGCAAUUUAAAUGUAGCGCUCAUUAUUUCAGUAUUUUUUUAUCGAUGUUGUAACCUUCUAGAGGGAUUAUGUUGUAAACUAAUUGCGGUCACAUGAAAUGGUGAAUUGUAAGCCCAAAUCUCCCGCUUUGAAUUAUUCUGAUUGGAGGAUUCAAAGACACUGGGAGGCAAGACUGCGGUACGUAAAUUAAUUGUUAAGAUAAGGUUAAAUCUAAAGCAUGUAUUUUUUCGACUAGAAUAAAACACACACCACACAGCUUACGCUCUAGUUCUACGCUACAAGACAGUUUGAUUCUUGUUUCGGUUCUAAGCUUCUUUAAAGUCAACUCCCAGAGGAUCUCUACCGGUCGGCAUCAGGCAGUCUGAUGGUUGCUGGUUACUUUCAAAUUCGUUGCUUGGCGUAAACUUGUCCUUUCUUAUUCCCAAAAAGCUAUAAAGUGCGGCGCAAGCGAAAGCAACAACCGAACAAAUUUGUGGCCAAUGUCUAUUCUUUUGGCCAGGCAUCUCCUGCGUCCUUUCAGUCGCCCACUACUAUUCUUCCCGACCUAAGGUAGCAGUUUAAGGACUCUAUCUCCGGAGUAAGAUGUCCAGUGAAUGGGUUUAGAAGUCACGGUAGUUAUGGGUAUGCACGAUCUCCCAGGAUAAGAAAGGAAAUCUCUUUACUUUGUUUUUGG